AUGAAGCUUGACUUUCUUGAUGAAGAUUUAAUGGUUGUAUCCCAACUUGAUGAGAAAGAGUAUUGUGAGAAAUCUUGGAAAGUGUACUUUGAUGGAGUUGCUAAUACCCUAGGGCAUAGAAUUGAGGCAAUUCUAAUAUCUCUUGAGAAACAUUAUUACCCUAUUAAAACGAGAUUGAACUUCAAUAACACUAAUAAUAUGGCUAAGUAUGAGUCAGGAGGCCCGGACUAUGACGUGCCAUUGGGAAGGCGCGAUGGACGGACUUUUGCCACUAGGAAUGUAACAUUGCAGAACUUGCCACCACCCUUCGCCAAUGCCAGUACCAUCCUUGCUAGUCUAGCUACCAAAAAUUUUGACCCGACGGAUGUUGUAGCUCUCUCCGGUGGCCACACCAUUGGCAUCAGCCAUUGCACCUCUUUCACCGGCCGGCUUUACCCUACUCAAGACCCCAGCAUGGACAAAACCUUUGCCAAUAACCUCAAGGGAAUUUGUCCUACUGCAAAUUCCACAAACACUACAGUAUUAGAUAUAAGGAGCCCUGACAAAUUCGAUAAUAAAUAUUAUGUUGAUCUCAUGAACCGCCAGGGUCUGUUCACCUCAGACCAAGACUUGUACACUGACAGCAGGACAAAGGGCAUUGUUACUAGCUUUGCUGUUAACGAGACUCUCUUCUUUGAGAAGUUUGUGCUGUCGAUGACAAAGAUGGGGCAAUUGAGUGUCUUGACUGGCAAGAAAGGGGAAAUUCGUGCCAAUUGCUCCGUGAGGAAUUCGGAUAACAAGUCGUACUUGGCCUCUGUGGUGGAAGAGGAGCUGGAGGAGGAACCUUGGUCUGAGUUUUAAGGACUUAAGUUAUUCAAGCCUGAAAAUGUUAUGUUUUUGUAUCGAAUCUUUUUCUUUAUGGUUUUUCUUGGCGUGCUUUCUAAAGGUGGUAUUAAGUACUGAUAACUCUGUUAAUAAGAAGUAUCUAACUUCGUUUCCAAGUUAAUAUCAGCUUUUCCUCGGUCUCUUUUAA